GUUAGCCAUGAUGAUAGCUUGACAUCUCACCAGUACGUACCCACCCUCAAGGAGUUCGCUUCAUCUGCACACAAUUCCUCUUUCUAUUCAGAUCUACAAAAACCUACUGAACAAGCAAAGGAACAAGUAUCAUAAAGAGGAAACGGAAAAGGAAGUGGGCUUCAUUUUUCUAAUCAAACAUCCUUCUUUUUCUUAGUGUAUCUACCAAGCAACCAUUAUCUGUGCAUUGCUACUACAGAGGCCAGUCUUGAUUCUACUCUCUUUUACUCGAAGCCUGUUAAAGAAUUUCUGAUAUUCCUUCGGCAACUGAUGCCACCUUUCCUUGAAGUGGAAGGUUGAUUUCACAAAUCACAUCCCACUUUUCACAAAGAAAGAAGGGCGACUUGGAGAUCUCCAACCCUGCAGUUCACUUCGAUCGGGCGUUUCUACCAAGAAAGGAGGAGGAGAAAACAAAAAUAACUGAAUGACAAGUUUGUUCAAAAGCUCGCCGUAUAGAAGACGGCGAGAUGAUUUGGAAGCCGGAGAAAGUCGUUCUACUGGCUUUGAUGUCGACGACGGCGACUCGUCGGAUCCUUUUGAUAUCCCCAGCACCAAAAACGCCUCCAUCGGCCGCCUCCGCCGAUGGCGGCAAGCUGCGCUUGUACUUAAUGCUUCUAGAAGAUUCCGGUAUACAUUGGACUUGAAAAAGGAAGAAGAGAAACAGCAAAUAUUAAGGAAGAUAAGAGCACAUGCUCAAGCUAUACGGGCCGCAUAUCUUUUCAAAGAAGCGGGGAAAAGAGUAAAUGGAACCGCAGAAUUACACAUUCUGCCACCCCCAGUUGGUGAUUUUGGAAUUAGCCAAGAUCAACUUUCUACAAUCACGAGAGAUCAUAAUCAUAAUGCUUUGGAGGAAAUUGGUGGGGUAAAAGGAGUUGCAGAUGCCUUAAAAACUAAUACAGAGAAGGGAAUUUAUGGAGAUGAUGCUGAUUUACUAAAACGGAAGAAUGCAUUUGGAUCAAAUACAUAUCCUCAGAAAAAAGGAAGGAGUUUUUGGAUGUUCCUUUGGGAAGCUUGGCAAGAUCUUACUUUAAUCAUAUUGAUGAUAGCUGCAGUGGCUUCUUUGGUGCUGGGCAUAAAGACAGAGGGUAUUAAGGAAGGAUGGUAUGAUGGGGCCAGCAUUGCCUUUGCAGUUAUCCUUGUCAUUGUUGUGACAGCUAUAAGUGACUACAAACAAUCUCUUCAGUUCCAAAAUCUAAACGAGGAGAAGAGAAACAUACAUUUGGAGGUUAUCAGAGGAGGUAGAAGAAUUGAAGUUUCUAUAUAUGAUAUUGUUGUAGGUGAUGUCAUACCCCUUAACAUUGGUGAUCAGGUACCUGCUGAUGGAAUUUUAAUUACUGGUCACUCUCUAGCUAUUGAUGAAUCAAGCAUGACUGGAGAAAGCAAGAUUGUUCAUAAGAAUUCCAGGGAACCAUUUCUAAUGUCUGGCUGCAAAGUUGCGGAUGGUAGUGGUACUAUGCUGGUAACCGGUGUUGGAAUUAAUACUGAAUGGGGGUUGCUCAUGGCUAGUAUUUCAGAAGACACUGGUGAAGAAACACCUUUGCAGGUGCGCUUGAAUGGGGUUGCAACUUUCAUUGGUAUUGUGGGGCUUACAGUAGCUUUGCUUGUCUUGAUAGUCCUUUUAGUCAGAUAUUUCACUGGCCAUACAAAAAAUUUUGAUGGAAGUCCUCAGUUUAAAGCGGGUAAAACAAAAGCUAGUACAGCAGUAGAUGGAGCCAUUAAAAUUCUCACUGUUGCGGUUACCAUUGUUGUAGUUGCAGUGCCUGAAGGGCUUCCCUUAGCAGUUACUUUAACUCUUGCCUACUCGAUGAGAAAAAUGAUGAGGGAUAAGGCUUUGGUGCGCCGACUUUCUGCCUGUGAAACUAUGGGCUCUGCCACAACUAUUUGCAGUGAUAAGACUGGAACUUUAACCUUGAAUCAGAUGACCAUUGUAGAAGCUUAUUCUGGAGGACAAAAAAUUGAUCCUCCAGACAGUAAAUCACAGUUGCCUCCUAUUUUGUCUUCUUUACUCAUGGAAGGCAUUGCACAGAACACAACCGGCAGUGUUUUUGUUCCUGAGGGAGGUGGAGAUCCAGAGAUUUCUGGAUCACCAACAGAAAAGGCCAUUCUUGGAUGGGCAGUCAAGCUGGGGAUGAAUUUCGAUGCUGUUCGAUCUGAAUCCAGUAUCAUUCAUGUAUUCCCAUUCAACUCUGAGAAGAAAAAAGGCGGUGUGGCACUACAACUGCCUGACUCUCAAGUGCAUAUACAUUGGAAGGGGGCUGCCGAAAUAGUAUUAGCCUCAUGUACGGAAUACAUCAACGCAAGUGGUAAAAUCGUGCCAUUGGAUCAAGACAAGGUGUUGUUUUUUAAGAAAUCUAUUGAAGAUAUGGCUGCCAGUAGUUUGCGUUGUGUUGCCAUUGCAUAUAGAACAUAUGACAUGGACAAAGUUCCAGCCGAUGAACAACAGAAAACUCAAUGGGAAUUACCUCAAGAUGAUCUUGUUUUGCUUGCUAUUGUUGGCAUAAAGGACCCAUGUCGUCCAGGUGUGAGAGAUGCUGUUCAACUGUGCAAAAAUGCUGGUGUGAAGGUACGCAUGGUAACUGGUGACAAUCCUCAAACUGCUAAAGCAAUUGCCUUGGAAUGUGGGAUACUGAGUUCAGCAGAAGAUGCUGUGGAGCCUAAUGUUAUUGAAGGAAGAGUGUUUCGUAACUAUUCAGAUGCAGAAAGAGUGGAAAUCGCAGAGAAGAUCUCGGUGAUGGGGAGGUCUUCUCCAAAUGACAAGCUUUUGUUUGUGCAAGCUUUGAAAAAGAGGGGACAUGUUGUUGCUGUAACUGGAGAUGGAACAAAUGAUGCUCCUGCAUUACAUGAGGCAGACAUUGGCCUUUCAAUGGGUAUUCAAGGGACAGAAGUUGCUAAAGAAAGCUCAGAUAUCAUAAUUUUGGAUGACAACUUUGCUUCAGUCGUGAAGGUUGUCCGUUGGGGUAGAUCUGUAUAUGCAAAUAUCCAGAAAUUUAUCCAGUUUCAGCUUACAGUUAAUGUUGCAGCUCUUAUUAUAAAUGUUGUGGCUGCAAUUUCUUCUGGUGAUGUCCCAUUAAAUGCAGUGCAGCUCCUGUGGGUUAACCUUAUCAUGGAUACUCUUGGAGCAUUGGCACUGGCUACUGAGCCUCCAACAGAUCACCUGAUGCAUAGACCUCCAGUUGGUCGUAGGGAACCACUAAUUACAAAUAUCAUGUGGAGGAACCUGCUGAUACAGGCAGCAUAUCAAGUGAGCGUGUUGCUUGUCCUUAAUUUUCGAGGGAAGAGCUUACUGGGGUUGGAACAUGAAACCCCUCAGCGUGCAAACAAGGUGAAGAAUACCUUGAUAUUCAAUGCAUUUGUGCUCUGUCAGAUCUUCAAUGAAUUCAAUGCCCGGAAGCCAGAUGAAUUAAAUAUUUUCAAAGGGAUUACAAAAAACCACCUUUUCGUUGUUAUAGUUGGAAUAACACUUGUACUUCAGGUUAUCAUUAUUGAGUUUGUUGGGAAGUUCACUUCUACAGUCAAGCUCAAUUGGAAACAGUGGCUGAUUUCAGCAGUUAUUGCUAUUAUCAGUUGGCCGCUUGCUGCUAUUGGUAAACUGAUACCUGUUCCACGAACUCCCUUGCACAAGUUCUUUACAAAGAUGUUUCAUCGAAGUGGUAACUCUCCAAGUGAUCGGUAGAAGUCUCAAAAGACUCACAGUACUAACAUCAACCUGGCUAAUAUAGAUUUACUAGUCCAUCAGCACGGUUCUUCUUAUUUGUUUCAUAGGACGAUACAGAUGUGCACGGAUGGUGACAUACUUGUGAAGAAUUUUUUAUUUUUUUCACCAAUAACUUUAUGCUCCAGUUUCUAGCGAGGAUUGUCUAGGAGAAAAAUAACUUCCUUGAGUUUAAUUUGGCACAUACUUUUUCUAGAUUGUGUUUAUAGUUAUGAAAUCAUGGAAUCAAAACAUAUUUUUGAAUUAAUGCAUGGAAUGUUUUGUCAA